AUGUCUUCUGGGAACCCCUUCCGCGCAUCCCUCGCCCCCAACCAAGCACCGUCCUCGCCUGUCCCGCAGACUUCCUUCAUCACCCCUAAGACAAGCAGGCCUGAGGCUGGCACCCAGCAUGAUGAUGUGCCUGCCCACACCGUCUCCCCGCCGUCUAGGACAAAGAAGCAUGUUCGCAUAGAAUCCACCGCCAUCUCCAUCCCACCGCAACCGGACAUCUCCAGUCCAGAUGACUCUCCACACACGUCUUUUGCACCACAACAAGCCCCGGCCCAGCAUGCAGGUUCACCACCCCCUGCAUCCUCUGCUGCUUACUCGAAUAGCUCUCCUGGUGCAUACACGCGUGAACCAGGAAGAAGCUAUGGUGUGGCGGCACCAGAUAGCAUAGCAAUCUCGAACACUGCCUCUGGGAUGAGCUAUUCAGCUAUAUCUCCAUCUGUGGUCCCGGCGAAUCCAUUUGCAAAGACACUCGCGUCCAUGGAGCCGCAGAGGGCAGGUGGGGAGGACCGGGCAUCUGCGGAAGGAGCGGCCCAAGGCAACAACAGAGCUUCUCUCGAUGUGGAGAGCUUCAAGAACAUGCUCAUGACAGGUAAGCCGUAUCCACGACAAACCACGCAAGCCUCGCAGCCUCCUACCGCACCGAGCACUGCAAGUGCAGCUAUAGUCGAGAGUGGUAGCAGCACAGACGCGUCAUCAACAUCCCGGCAGUCUUUACUUGAACCUGCGCACGAAGCAUCCGUCGAGUCCCCAAGGACUUCAUACGAGAUGGCGCGUUCAGACGAAGACGAGGUUGCUGGUCUGACACCGGAGAGGACAAGAUCGAAGAGGAAGCCACCGCCGGCGCCAGCACACCGUCACGGCAAGCUUGUGUCGCCGCGACAGCCGCAGACAGUACCGUUUGACAGCUUUGCAGCGACCGAGGCCGCUCCGUCUCCUGUGACCAGACCACGAAACACAUCAGACACGAACAAGCCACUCCCGCCGGCUCCCGUAGUGUCACCACCACCACACAUUGAUAAUCCAGAAAAGACACGAAACAACACAUCGCCAAUGACUGAGAAGCUGGACGAGUCGUUAAGUCGAUCGAACUCUCUUCAACAGAAAAGAGCACCUCCUCCAGUCCCUCUAGCUCGCAGACAGAGCCAGCUACGACACUCCUCGACAGAAAUCCGAUCAAGAAGCAGUUCCUCCUUGACACUGUCUUCGCAGCACUCCCUCGAAGUGCCAGCUUCUGGUGUAAUUCCUACAUCUGGCGAAGUUGCAAGUAAUGCAACCACAACAGCGAGUUUGAAGUCACCACCACCUCCCCCGCCUUCCAGACAUGGCGCACGGCUGUCAGACAUCGGCUUGUCGAGCGCCGAUUCAUCAUCCACCGAGCUACCCCAACGAUCGACUUCAGUGCGGACUACGGGCUCAUCAAAAGGUCCGUCCUCCAGAAGAAGUACACUAGAAGGCGAAUUCGAGUUGCCCAUAUCACGCGCAGCGUCGAUAGCAUCAAAACGCAACAGCCACAUCGCAUCCAGCGAAAGCACAGGCGGCGGCAUGCCUCCACCUCCUCCUCCGCCCCGACGAAGACCAGGAUCCGGCCGUUCAAGUCUCGACCAGCAACGACCAUUCAUACCUUCAUCGUCACCUACAGAAAGCCGGCGAACCAGUACAGAGCACAGACGUACGAGUGCCGAUCUGCGGCGCACCAGCUUGGAUAACAACAGGAGGACUAGUGGCGCGAGCGAGCAUUCUCUGCGGCAGGACUACGCGCCGACAGAAGAGAAGACAGGCAACGAAUACGCCCUGUAUUCGCCGAGGGAAGAGGCUGAGGAUAUGUUGGCAGGUGCGGGUACAGUAGAGGGGAGGAAAGACUCGAACAACAUCCUUGACGAUAUGGAGAAAUUCCAACGAGAGAUCGAUGAGUUAAGGAGUCGAUACAAGCAAGCGGGAUAG